AUGUCGCUAAUCCGGCCGGCGCCGGCCGCCGCCAGGGGCGGAGACCGGUUCAGCUUCGCCACCACCGUCGCCGGCGGAGCCUUGUGGGUGCAGAAGCUUAGAGGGAGUUACGGCUACCUCAAGCGCGCCGGCAGGAGCUCGCCCAACGGCGAAGAAGAAGGAGAACAACAACAACAAGACUCAAAGGGGCUUACUGAGGAGAAGGGGAACGGCUCGCCGGUGCUGUGGCAGGCGGCGGCGCCGCCGCCGGGAGCUCGCGCGCAGGACAUAGCGAGGUACCGGCAGGAGAUGAUGGAGCUGGUGAGAGGCGUGCCGGAGAUGGCGUACGAGCUCUCGCUUCGGGACAUGGUGGAGAUGCCGGUGGUGGCGAAGGGCGGCGCCGCCACCGGAGAGGAGAAGGAGCCGGCGGCGGCGGAGAAUAAGAUCAAGAAUGGUAAGAAGGAGAUUCUGAGGAGCGCGAGCAUGGACAACGGCGUCUUCCAGCUGAAGAUGUUCUUCCCGGUCAUGAAUCUGGGGAAGUGGAGGAGGAGCUCAGGGGCCAGCGUGUGCAAUUCCAAGGUUUCGCCCAAGCCUGCGCUGCCGGAGGCGGUGAGGCUCUGGCAUGGCAAGUACGAGGGCGGUGAGGGGCCAAAGGGGUGCUACGGGAUGAGGAGGAGGUAAGAACACCACCAACCAUGGUUUCCAUCAAUUCUAGAGAGGGAGUGGAUAUCGGUCAUCUGAACCUCAAUGUUUGCUAAAAGAAUGGAGAUUUUUGUCAUGGUUUUCUCAUCCGAUGUUUCAUGGACAUGGCAGGAAAACGAUGGGAUGCAGUCCAUUCUCCAUCAACAUGGGCAGGAUCCGGUGGCGGUGAGGGAGAAGAAGAUCAGAGCAUCUCAUUUUGAAUAUUCUUGUGCCAUAUCCUGUACACCCAUGUCGUAGUAUUCAAUAAGAGAGAGUAGAUGAUGUUUCCCUGCAAGAUGUAGUCAUUCGGAAAAAGAAGAAGAUUUUAGAGAGGCAAAUCAUGUAAAUCCCCCAAGAAAUACCUGCAAUUUCUAGCAACUGCUUGCCCCCGUGUGCAAAACGCUUCUCCAGUGACGCGCUUUGUUUAUUAGCCACGACACGGCUUUCCUGUGAAAAAAUGAAGUGUUUAAUGAACCCAUUAAAAGCACUAAAAACUAUAUCCAGCGAAGUUUCUCAUAUUUAUGCCUAUUUAUCGAACAGGACUGUUCUUCUGAAUCAGCGAAUUCCGGGAGUUAAAUCCGAUCGACUUGGUCGGCCAAUCUGAUCCUGCAAUCCUCAUCCGAGAUGGGAGAAAAAUGACGCCACAGUCCCAGUUGCCAGGCAGCAUGCAAUUAAAGCCCUCCGUCUGGACUAUAUCAACUCCACUCCAUUGAUUUUGAUCAAUCAGGUCCACCUUCUUACCAGUAAUCCGGAAGGAUUCUCCACAAAGAAUAUCACUAAUCACUGCAGUUUUAGCUGAAAUGCAAUAG